AUGGGGCCUUUGUGGGGGCUUGGCAUUCCAAGGGAAUUCUUGCAGCAACAACAAGGGUGUGAUCAAGAGAGCAGGCAACGUGGGAGGGAAGGACCCAGGACUUUUUCAUCAGACAGAUUCCCAGACAACACCCAGCAUUGCUUGCUCUGGGCACAGCGUAAAGCUUCUCUCUUCACUGUUGAAACUUGUCAAGACAACACCGCCUGCAGCAUCAUGUUGCAGACGAUCAAAGACUGGCUAUGGUGGGAACGUCUGUGGCUUCCAGAGAAAGUCUCCUGGGCAGAUCUCGAAGACAAAGAAGAUCGAACUUAUGCCAAAGCCUCUCAACUUUAUGCAGCUGUGCCUUGUGCUCUCUGCCUGCUAGUUGUCAGAUACCUCUUUGAAAGGUUCUUGGCCACACCACUAGCUGAUGCUCUAGGGAUCAGAGACAAGGUACGUCUCACAGCUGAGCAAAACUCAACCCUGGAGAAGUACUUCUACAGCCAAACCCGGAAUCCUUCAAAGGCUGAUGUUCGGUCCCUGUGUAAGAAGAUAGGCUGGCCAGAAAGGAGAGUACAAGUGUGGUUCAGGAGGAGGAGGAAUCAAGAUCGACCUGGGCUUCGGAAGAGGUUCUGUGAAGCCAGUUGGAGAUGCAGCUUUUAUCUUUGUGCAUUCCUUGGAGGACUUUUCGCCCUUUACGAUAAACCUUGGUUUUAUGAUCUAAAAGAGGUUUGGGCAGAAUUUCCUAAACAGUCCAUGCUCCCAUCACAGUACUGGUAUUAUACCUUGGAAAUGGGCUUCUACCUUUCUCUGCUCCUCAGCCUAACGUUUGAUGUAAAAAGAAAAGACUUUAAAGAGCAGGUGAUUCACCAUGUAGCCACACUGACACUUCUGAGUUUCUCCUGGAUUUCUAACUACAUCCGCAUUGGAACUCUUGUGAUGGCUGUUCACGACUCUUCUGACAUACUGCUUGAGGGAGGAAAGUUGUUUAACUACGCAAAAUGGGACCAGACUGCUAAUGUUAUGUUUGUGAUAUUUACAACUGUCUUCAUGGUGACAAGACUUGUUAUUUUUCCUUUUUGGCUCAUCCACUGUACAUGGGUGUACCCAAUGGAGAGGUUUGACCCCUUCUUUGGCUACUAUUUCUUCAACGUCAUGUUACUGGUUCUACAAAUUCUACAUGUCUAUUGGGCUUUUCUAAUAACAAGAAUGGCUUACAAGUUUGUCUUCAACAAGCAACUGGACGGCGAUGUUCGGAGCGAUGAAGAGGAGGACGACAGUGAUUCGCAAAAGAAUAUAAGACGCAAAAUGAAUCAUAUUAAUGGUGCCAUGAAUGGUGCCAGAGAUCGAGCUAACGGCCACUGACUUACACAGAGAAAAGAGGAGCAUCACCCAUGACAGAUGGACACUUUCUACUGAACUGUGAAGGAACAUAAAUAGUGUGAUUUAAUUUUAGCCCUAAUUAAAACUUAGGAUUAGCUCGUUCAUGAGUUUACUUGUAUUUUAUGAGGGUACAAAUUGGCGCGAUCAUAAAAAAAAAAAAAAAAUACAAGACUGAUUUUGACACUUGAAGUUAUAUGAACC